GUGAAUCAGGUUGAAUUUAAACGGCCAGACUCAAGAUAUAGCCGAGCCCAGUCUUCAUGACAUCAUUCAUACGCUCUCAUGGAAAGGUAGAUUUGAUUCUCAUGAUGGUCGCAGUACAAACCUCAGCAGAGCAUGUCAAAGCCCGUAUAAAAUUCUCUUACAAUCCAGUGUUCCAUCAUGAAACAAAACCACCACGUCUUAACCCUUACCCUAGUAGCCUUCAAAAUGCACUCGACUUUGGCCUUUGUUUUCCUAUUGUUGGUUCCGUCUUUUGCUUUUCCUAAUCCUGCCGCCUUGUUUGCCAGAAGCCCCGGCCCCGUUUGUACUGCAGACAAACCAACUAUACCACCUUCAUGUUGCACAUCCCCUCAGGAUCUGUACCCUUAUACUGACGAGGCCGAGACCUGCCCUCCUGAUCAGACUCGGUGUUGCACGGAGACCAAAGAUGUUCUGACCGUUCAGAAUCCAACGGUGGUGUUGAACUGCGGCCGGGAUUCUGUCAGACAGUCUACCGCGACCAUAAAGGUCGUCCCAUGUGCAAGCGAUCCGACUAAUGGGUGUCUCGAAGUCACCUAUAAUGAUAUUGCCGAUACAACAUACACGGAGUUCCAUCUGGAGAUCAGCAAAGACCCAAUCACCCAGUCGUCUCCCGGGCAGUACAAGACAUUUACUGGGUACUGCCAACUCGGGCCUAAUGGUGAGACUGUGGUGUGCACGGUACCGAUCAACAAGAUCUUUGAGAAGACUGGUUACACAACCCUGUGUCAGAACACGCUCUAUGUUGCUGCACACUCGGUAAUAACUGACGGCAACACUUGUUGGGUUGGAACGACGCCCAUCGUUCAAACCGCAAAUAACUGGGCCAAAUAUUUCGAUGUUAAGUUUGACUGUGCUAAGAAGUGCGUCCAUGCUUGCUGUUGCCCCGCAACACCUCCUCCUCCUGGAGGGCUCUGUGGUGUAGGUACAGCCUUCGCCAGAGAUGAUCAACACCCGCUCUCUGACCUGGGCUGCCAACGUUGGGGCUGGUACUUUGCAGAAAAGACAUCCAGCUUCAAUGCCGAUUUGGUUCUUGGCCAAACGACGGUGAUCGGUAAGGUGUCAGUGACGAUUGACUCCAACGGUUUCAGCUGGGUCUACCAGCCCAACGCACCAUAUGGACUUCUCGAGGCUCAUGUUAAAGUUCUCUGCAAUCCAAUCCCAAGCUUCGACCCUCCGCGUUCUAAUCCAUGUGCACCGGGCCAGUACGAAUUUAACUCUGGCUGUCUGCAUGGAGCUUCCACCUGGUCGGGCAGCGCCCCUAAAUGCCCCGACGGCAAAUACUGGUCAAUCUUCCAUGCGAAGAUUUCCAAGGCAGAUGGAACCUGCCAAGGAGAGCCUCCCUGUCCAAACCCUGACCAGGAUUAAGUAUUUGCUAACAAGUUCGUGUAACUGGUGAAUUGCAAGUGAUCUACAAGGAGCAGCACAAUGCAAGUCCCUUUGAUUAUCUUGUUUACUGUUACAGUGACAGCUUAUCGUCCAACUAAAUCUUCUAACAAUUCGAAGGUCUGCUGAGCAAAUGAGUUUACUGUUGUCAGUGAUAGUAUUUUGUCAGUCUGACCAAAAGUGGGAUUGUUUAUGACUAUGAAUGUGCUUAAUGUGCUUAUUACUGUACUGUUAAGUAAUGAUGAUACGUACGAGAUUGUGCAUAACUAAUGAUAUUUUAUAUAAAAGACUCCUCUUUUUAAUGGUGG